UAGUCGUACGCGAGCAUUCAAUAUGGAUAAAAUAAUCCCAACAGAGACUGCACAGAAGGACAUAAAAUACGCCACGCAGCUGGUGAAACUGAUUUUAGGUAUAGUGGGCGCCUGGCCAGUUCUGGCUACCGCUUCGUUCUCCAAGAAGCUCGCACAAAAGAUCAAAAACUUUAUCUCGUACUUCCUAAUUCUGCUGCUGCUCAUACCGGGUCUCGCGCAAAUAUUCCUGGAGGAGAAAGAAACCAAAGUUAGACUGAAACUGAUGGCGGCGAUGAUCAACGCGGGAAUGCAGUUCUCUAAAUACACUCUACUUCUGUAUCACGAGAAGAAAAUCAUACACGGUUUAAAUUUGAUCAAGAAAGAUUGGAUGAGCGCCACGCCCGAAAAUCGGCUGAUUUUUUUAGAGAAAACAAAAAUCGGAAGGAGGAUAGUGCUGAUAGCGGCGAGCACGAUUUGCACUAGUGGCUUAGGAUAUCGCAUCUUGCUUCCCCUAAUGAAGGGAACGAUCGUCACUCCAGAUAACAUUACGAUCAGGCCAUUACCUUCCGCGAGUUACUUCAUGUUUAUAGACGUACAACAGACUCCGAGAUACGAGAUACUAUUUGUACUGCAAAUCAUGGCUGGAUUCGUAACUUACAUGGUGAUCGCCGGCAGCUGCGGGAUUUGCGCGCUUAUGGUGCUCCACGCGUGCAGCAUGCAGAGAAUCUUAAUGAACAAAAUGCGGGAUCUGGUGGAAGGAGCGGAAACAUCCGAAACGGCGGUAGUGCAUCGGAAGAUCGCGGAUAUCGUCGACUAUCAGACAAAAAUAAAUGAAUUUGUAAGGAACAUUCAAGGGAUUACAGAAUACAUUUGCCUGAGUGAAAUUUUAGGAGGCACGUGUUUAGUAUGCCUCCUCGAAUAUUACAUUCUCUUGGAAUGGGAGAAUAAGAAUACCACUGGUGUGGUCGUCUAUAUUAUGUUAAUAAUAUCUUUCACAUUCAGCAUUUUCGUACUUUGUAACAUCGGUCAGUUGCUCGUCGAUGAAACUAACUACGCGGGGAAGACAUCGAGCACGUUAGAGUGGUAUCGGAUGCAAGCGAAACAGGCGCAUUCUUUGAUACUUAUUAUUGCAAUGUCGAAUUAUCCGAUGAAGCUAACGGCUGGCAAAGUGAUGGAAAUGUCAUUGACUACUUUCACAGAUGUCAUAAAAUUAUCAUUGGGAUACAUGAACAUGCUGCGUCAAGUAGUUUAAUCAUUGUACCAGUACUUACGUUUACGAGAAAGAUGCCAUCAAUAGAAAUCAUAGAGAAAGUCCAGAAUUGUA